CCGUCCAAUCAGAGCGCUGACAAAGUAAAACUCAGUCGCUACGUCCUCAUACAAAACUAUGUGUCUGUUUAAGAAGCUGUGAGUCGGAGAGACAUCGAGACAAAAGAGGCUGAGGUGAGUGCUUUGUUUCCCCAACUUGGACGGGUUUGUUGGCGUCCCUCGUCUCGGAGACGAUGUUUCCGGGUGGCUGGACGUGACGGGACCGGGACGGCAUGGAGGGAUUAAAGCCACUUUCUCGCCUGGCUCCGUGAAAUUACAUGCCACGCAGGCGCGUAACUUUCUCAAAGUUUACGCAGGAGGGCUCCGCUUCAAGAAUGACACUUUGACACGUGUUGGGUUGUUUUAGUGUUCAAACACCAGGUGGUGGGGGGAGAAAAGAAAAAUGAUGAAGGUUAGGAGGUACCUGCGGGGCAGUGGGAGGGUGCUCGCCUUCGUCUUUAUCGCGUCUGUCAUUUGGCUCCUGUUCGACAUGGCAGCUCUGCGCUUAUCCAUAAACGACGUGAACAGCCAGCUGCUGAGAGAGAGGGUGAACAGAGAGAAGGAGAUCAUGAUGCUGAAGAAGCAGCAGCAGCAGCAUGUUUGGGCCACACAACCAAAGAGGAGGGGGUUCAAACACCCGGUGGAGAGGGUGACACGUCCUGGCAAAAUCCUGCAGAGCCCCAGCAUCAAGCUGGAUGAAGUCUACAGGAACAAACCAGAUCCAAAGCUGGAGAUCAAGCCAACCAAUCAGAGACACGGAGGUCAUGUUGUCAAAAACGACAGCUCCAAAUCUUCGUCUAACCAAAACAACGGAGGAAGCCUUCUGGGGAAGAAGGCUGUGAACCUAGAUUUGAACGUGGCAGUGGCCAAUGUCACUCGCAAAGCUUUGAAGAAAGAGCUUGACGAAUCCCCUCCGCUUGCACGCAAUCCUUCAGACAACCAGGAUUCAAAGACAAAUGAGAAGGUCAAGGUGGAUGUAGUUAAGAGUGGAGUAAAAGUGAGUCAGCCUAAUGGUGAGGAGGCACACCCUGUUAAGACAAUAUCUCAGCAAACGCACGUCAGGGAUGCCAACGGAAAGAAGAAGGAGGAGGAGGAGGGGAGGCCCAAUGCCGGCCCCCGAUGGGGAAACCACUCCAGCGCUGUCAGAAAACCGGGGGUCCACAAAGUGCUCCCUCUGGACGCGACCCACGCGCCCAGAGACCCCCAUGCGGUCGGGCAGUUCGGCCAGGCGGUGCUGCUCCCUGGCAGCAGAGACGCCGAGGUGAGGAGGAGGUGGGACGAGGGCCACUUCAACGUCUACCUCAGCGACCAGAUCCCGGUGGAUCGCGCCGUUCCCGACACCAGGCCCGAAAUGUGUUCGCAGAGCCUGGUUCACGACGACUUGCCCACCACCACCGUGAUUUUCUGCUUCGUGGACGAGGUGUGGUCCACGCUCCUUCGCUCGGUGCACAGUGUCCUCAACAGGUCUCCACCUCACCUCCUCAAGGAGAUUAUUCUGGUGGAUGAUGCCAGCACUAAAGACCACCUGAAGGAGCAGCUGGACGAGUACAUGUCGCAGUUUCCCAAAGUGCGAAUCAUUCGUCUGAAGGAGCGCCAGGGCCUGAUCCGAGCGAGACUAGCUGGCGCUGCUGUUGCCAAAGGUGAAGUUCUUACCUUUCUCGACUCGCAUAUUGAAUGCAACGUGGGUUGGCUGGAGCCGCUGUUGGAGAGGGUCUACUUGGAUCGUAAGAAGGUGCCUUGUCCGGUUAUCGAAGUCAUCAGCGAUAAGGACAUGAGUUAUCUGCUCGUCGACAACUUCCAAAGAGGAAUUUUUAAAUGGCCGUUGGUGUUUGGCUGGAGUCCGGUACCAGAGGACGUCAUUAAGAAGAACAACAUGAAGGUUACAGAUCCAAUCAGGUGUCCAGUUAUGGCAGGUGGCCUUUUCUCCAUCGACAAGAAGUACUUCUUUGAGCUCGGCGCCUAUGAUCCUGGUCUGGACGUGUGGGGCGGAGAGAACAUGGAGAUUUCAUUCAAGAUCUGGAUGUGCGGAGGAGAGAUCGAGAUCAUCCCCUGCUCCCGCGUGGGACACAUCUUCAGAGGACAGAAUCCCUACAAAUUCCCGAAGGACCGGCAGAAGACCGUGGAGCGUAACCUGGCGAGGGUGGCCGAGGUCUGGCUGGACGAGUACAAAGACCUUUUUUAUGGCCACGGGUACCAGCACCUGCUGGAUAAAAAGGUCAUCGACAUUGGCAACCUCACAGAACAGAUUGAGCUGAGGAAAAGACUCAAAUGCAAGAGCUUCAAGUGGUACCUGGAGAACGUGUUCCCGGACAUGGACACUCCUGUGGUCAAAGCCGAGGGCCUGAUCUUCAAUCGUGGCUUGAGAAAAUGCCUUGCCCUGCAGAAAGACUCUUUGUCCUUUGAGAUCUGUGAUCUUAGCAAAAAGAAUCAGCAGUUUAAUUACACCUGGAUGAAGAACAUUCGACACCACGACCUCUGUGUCGCUGCCCAAAACGAGGGCAGCGGCUUCGCUUUGGUGCCAUGUGACAACUCCAAACGUGAACUCCGCUGGUUCUACAAAACCUCCGACUCAGCUCUGACGGAGCAUCUCAUCUCGGAGUUUGUCGGCAACCACAUGUGCCUGGAAGCAGAACCUCGGGACGACUCUCUUCGUCUACGGCCGUGUCAACCCAGCAGUGUCUUCCAAAAGUGGGAGUUCACACAUCACUACGUGCGAUGAUGAGCUUUUAAAAUGCUCGGUGGAAACACCUGGGGGCUUUACAGCGUGGACUGUGGUCCACCUGACAGAACUUGACUGACUGGAAGAAGCAGUUCAGUGGAAGACAUUUGCAUGAAUAUCAGCUGGUGUGUGUGUGUGGGGGGGGGGUGUUUUGUAAGGCAUGAAAGCUAAUAUUUAACAGAGCGUUUUAAAAAAAAAAAACUGGGAUUAAAAUGGAUAUCUGUGGAAAAGUUCCCAGUUUAAUGGUUAAAUAGUGCCUCAGAGUUUGUUUCUUUCUGGAUUGAAUGACAAGCUUUUUUUUAAAAAAAAAAGUCGUGGGUUUCAACAUGUUGGGAUACCUUAUGCUGCUUUUUUGGGAUUAAAUGCUUUAUCUUUUGACUGUUGAUUUGAUUUAAAUACCCUGCAUGGUGUGAUUUCUUUUUUUAACACUAGGGGGAAGUGUU